AUGAAUUUAUCCAUCGUUUCUACAUACGAUAAUGUAUCGUAUAAUAGUAAUAAUACUUCAAAAUCUAGUGUUUACAGAGCAUUAAGUGAUUUGCUUGACGUAAACGAUGAAGCCGAGAUUAUUACUUAUGACGAAUGCCCAUUUUGUAAAGCCAAGUUUUACGAAGAAUAUCUUGUUGCCAAACAUUGUUUACUGGAACAUUUAAACGAUAUGACCGAAUUGUUUGUUGAUAAAAAUUUUAAAUGUAAUUAUUGUGAUAAAAAUCAAAGUAUUGUAGAUUUUAAUGAGGUUGUGAGACACGUAGAAGAAUCACAUUAUGCUGAAUUCGAGCUUAAAUUUAAACGAAAAUAUUUAUCAAGUGUUACCACGAUGCAUUUUUCAUCACUUUUAAAUUCAAACUCAGGCAGUUUUAAAUCAUUUCGUCUUUCUGAUUACUUGGAUAUGGAUUUUAUUGAUAAAAACAACAUGAAUGAAAACAAUCAAUUACCACAAUUUCCAAUGAUUCCUCGACAAGUUAUCAAUAAUGAUUGUUUUGAUUUCACUGAUUUAUGCAAACACCUUCCGGAUGUUAAACAUACAGAAGAUUUUUGUUGCAAAAACAAAAAAUUCAAAAGGAAAUCUCUAUUGAAAAACAUAACCAAUCAUUCGAUAAAUUCAGGUGUGAGGAGAGGCCUUUGUUUCGAUUGUCCAAAUUACAGUUGUGAUAAUAAAGAAAAUACAGUAUUAAAACAAAAUAUGGGAGCUGCGAAAGAAGUGAGCAUCGAAGAACACAGUUUAUUAUGCGAAGAUGAUAAAUUUAACAUAUCGGAUGUUUUGAAUAACAUAUCGGGGGAUUGGUUCAACAAACCAUUGUUAUCCAGCACUCCUAACAUGAAAUUUUCUAAAGUGAAAUCACCUAGAGAUAAUAACAUGGCUUCUGAAAAUCAAUUCAACUUUAAAUCUUAUGUUUGUAAUUAUAAAAAUUAUGAAUUCAAAUGCGGAAAAUGUAAGAAAAUGUUCAGCGAGAACAUGGAUUUGGUUUAUCAUGUUAAAAAUACUCAUAAAAGAAUAGAUUUAAAAGUAUUCAAACCUUGUUACAAAUGUGGAAUAUGCAAUGCUAAAUUUUACAGAAAUAAUUAUUUAAAAAAACAUCACAGACUUCACAAUCCGUAUUAA